CACUCUUUUUCUGCUUGCCGCCGAUAGAUUGAUCACUUGUCAAAUUGAUCAAUUUCACUCACAUUAUAAUAUAAUUUAUUAUAUUUAUUAUCUGCUUCUUCAAUUCUGAUCGGAGAUUAAUGGCGGCUACAGCGGCGGCGGUUGUUCCUCCACCGGCGGCGGUUGCUCCUCCACCGGUGACAGUGCAAACUCAACCGGCUCUGACGGUGACUGCGACGGCAACGGUAGGAGUGACGCCACCACCGUCACCACAUGUAGGUGUUGGUGGUCAUCAGGCGCCGCAUUAUUCGCUGUACGUAGGGGAUCUGGAUACGUCAGUAGAUGAAGGACAAUUGUAUGAGGUGUUUAAUCAGGUGGCACCAGUCGUCUCUGUUAGGGUUUGUAGAGAUCAAUCACGAAGAGCAUCCCUUGGAUAUGCUUAUGUUAAUUUCACUUCUCCACAAGAUGCUGCUACUGCAAGGGAGUUACUGAAUUUUACUCAAGUGAAUGGAAAACCUAUGAGGAUAAUGUUUUCUCAUAGAGAUCCUAGUCUGAGGAAGAGUGGGUAUGCAAAUGUUUUCAUUAAGAACCUGGACUCGUCGAUAGAUAACAAGGCUUUGCAGGACACUUUUGCUGCCUUUGGAACAGUUCUUUCCUGCAAGGUAGCUGUUGAUAGUAAUGGUCAAUCCAAAGGAUAUGGUUUUGUACAAUUUGAUCAGGAUGAAGCUGCACAGAAAGCAAUCAACCGACUAAAUAAUAUGUUGAUUAAUGAUAAACAAGUUUAUGUUGGCUACUUCAUCCGUGGACAAGAAAGGAGUCGAGCAAAUGCUUCCGAUAAAUUCACAAAUGUCUAUGUGAAAAAUCUUCCUGAAACUACCACUGAUGAGGAUCUCAAGAAGCUUUUUGAGAAGCAUGGCACCAUCACCAGUGCUUUAGUCAUGAAAGACACAAACGGAAAAUCCAGGUGUUUUGGCUUUGUAAAUUUUGAGACUUCAGAUGCUGCAGCCACCGCAGUUGAACAGUUGAAUGGCAGUUCUUUGGAUGAAAAAGUUCUGUUUGUUGGCAAGGCACAGAAGAAAUCAGAGCGGGAAGCAGAUCUCAGAGCAAAAUUUGAACAAGAACGGGCCAGUCGAUUCGAAAAACUGAAAGGUGCUAACCUGUAUUUGAAAAAUCUCGAUGACACUGUGAAUGAUGAAAAUCUGAAAGAAUUAUUUGCAGAGUAUGGAACCAUAACAUCCUGCAAGGUGAUGCGCAAUGCAAAAGGAGUGAGCAAGGGUUCUGGAUUUGUUGCCUUCUCCACCCCCGAGGAAGCUACACGAGCUUUAAAUGAGAUGAAUGGCAAGUUGAUAGGAAAGAAACCUUUAUUUGUUGCUGUUGCCCAGCGCAAGGAGGAAAGGAGAGUGUGGCUACAGGGACAUUUUGCUCGGAUGCGACCAGCUGGGGGAAUGGCUCCUCCUCCUGGAGGCAUGCCUGGGUUUCACAGUGGGGCACCUCGACUUGCUCCUCAGCAGGUCUACUUUGGUCAAGGUGCCCCAGGCCUUAUAGCACCUCAAGCUGCUGGAUUUGGCUUCCAGCAGCAACUCAUGCCUGGAAUUCGUCCAGGAGUUGGUCCAAAUUUUCUCUUGCCCUAUCAGCUUCAGCGUCAAGGACAACAUGGACGUGUUGGUGGAAGGAGAGGAGGGAAUUCUCAACAGCAGCAGCAGCAGUGGAACUCCAGUAGAUCCAAUCCGAAUGGACGAAACGGCAUGCAUCCGAGCAUCCCUCAAGGUAUGAUGGGGCCAAUUAUGCCACCGCCAUUUGAUGCUGCUUCUGCUAUGACAACUCCUCCCUUGGACAUCCAACGCUCUAACCCUGUGCCGCCAUCAACACUUGCUUCUUCUUUGGCCUUUGCUUCUCCAGAAGAUCAGCAUGUGAUGCUUGGAGAACAGCUAUUUCCACUUGUGGAACGCAUUGAGCAUGAUCAUGCUGGUAAGGUUACCGGUAUGUUGCUUGAGAUGGAUCAGACUGAGGUGCUUCAUCUCAUUGAGUCCCCUGAUGCUCUCAAUAAGAAAGUCUCUGAGGCUAUGGAUGUUCUUCGCUUGGCAAGGCCAGGUAGUGUUGGUGAUAAAUUUGGAUCACUUACCCUGAAUGGAUGAAGCAAAUUUUCAUCUUUAACACAAGGAAUGACCCUAAAUUGGCCUGUAUUUUGUAAGGGGGUAAUAAGGGGUAAUGGUGGUGACUUAGGGAGUGUUUUGGCUAUGGUAUUAAAUGACAUUUUUUGUAGGUUUAAACUUUUAGCAAAGAGGGCUUCUUUGGUGGUGACCUGGGAGUUUAUUUUGCCCUCUUGAUUACAUUGUUUUUAUCUUUUUGGGAGUUCACUUUUUAAUUUUUCAUUUCCUGCAGAAAUUAUAUACUUUUUAGACUUAUUGCAAUUCAUGGAUUGUUUUGUUUUGACUA